GCUGCCGCCGAGAAGCAGGGAGGGAGCGGACAGCCCGCAGUUGUCCCUCCGGGUCACCCCGUCUUUGCCGAGGGAGGCCGCAACGGCUGGGUAGGGGCUGCCGGCGGCCAAUGCGAAAUUGGUUGGUGCUUCUGUGUCCGUGUGCGGUCGGGGUCGUGCUGCACCUCUGGCUGCUCUUCCUCAGCUGCCCGGCGAGCGGCCCCGGCAAGCAACACCCGGCAGGUCUACUGGCUUUCUUUCCUCACUGGAAACCGAAACAUUAUGAUGUCAUCGUAGGGGUACUGUCUGCACGACAUAAUGAUGGGUUGCGGAAUGCUAUAAGAAGCACUUGGUUCAGGCAUUUGAAGCAGCACCCAGGACUGAGCCAACGUGUCCUUGUGAAGUUUAUAAUUGGUGCACAUGGAUGUGAUGUGCCAGUGGAAGAUAGAGAAGAUCCUUAUUCAUGCAGACUUCUGAACAUCACUAACCCAGUAGUUCUGAAUCAAGAAAUUGAAGCUUUCACUUUGCUAGAGGAUGAUACUUCAGUGCUCUCAGAAGACAGAGUUGUCAGUGUGCAUUUCAAAGUCCUUUACCCAAUCGUCAUCACCAGUCUUGGGGUGUUCUACGAUGCUAAGGGUGUAGGAUUCCAGAGAAACAUCACUGUGAAACUGUACCAGGCAGAACAGGAGGAGGCACUCUUCAGUGCUCGUUUUAGUCCACCUAGCUGUGGAGUACAAGUGAACAGACUUUGGUACAAACCUGUAGAACAAUUCAUUCUGCCUGAGAGUUUUGAAGGCACUAUUGUGUGGGAAAGCCAGGAUCUCCAAGGCCUUGUUUCUCAAAAUCUUCAUAAAGUGAUGGUGAAUGAUGGCGGAGGUGUCUUCAGAAUCACCACGGCAGGGGAAGGAUCAUUGCCACAUGAAUUUACACAAGGUGUGGAGGGGAUUGCAGGAGGCUUUAUUUACACAAUUCAGGAAGGAGAUGUACUUCUAGAAAGCCUGCAGAAUCGCCCAGAAAGAUUCAUUCAUCAUAUAAGUAAACUUGAAGAGGAGGAUGCUCUUUUGAAGGAGGAAAGCAACACUUAUGACGAUAUUGUUUUUGUUGAUGUUGUUGAUACCUACAGAAAUGUUCCAGCCAAAUUACUGAAUUUCUAUCGAUGGACAGUGGAAGCAGUAAGUUUUGAUGUACUACUGAAGACAGAUGAUGACUGCUACAUAGAUUUAGAAGCUGUGUUCAACAGAAUAAAGCUUAAAAACUUGGGCAGACCAAAUACUUGGUGGGGAAAUUUUAGAUUAAAUUGGGCAGUCGACCGGACUGGGAAGUGGCAAGAACUGGAAUAUCCAAGUCCCGCAUAUCCUGCCUUUGCUUGUGGGUCUGGUUAUGUUAUUUCCAAAGACAUUGUAGAAUGGCUUGCAAGCAACUCAGACAGACUAAAGAUAUACCAGGGUGAAGAUGUGAGUAUGGGUAUUUGGAUGGCAGCCAUCGGGCCAAAACGAUAUCAGGACAAUCUCUGGUUGUGUGAGAAGACAUGUGAAAGUGGUAUGUUAUCCUCUCCUCAAUAUUCUCCAGAAGAACUUGCAGACCUCUGGAGAAUAAAGGAACGUUGUGGAGAUCCCUGCAAAUGUCAAGAAAGAUAAAGGCUUACAGCAUGAACUUACAGCAUCAUAUGAACAAUGCUAUAGGAAAACUUUCCGCAUACUCAGCCAUGCUUUGGAGAAGAAAAGGCAAAAGUCUCCAAGCAGCUUCUAACAAAAGAAAUCCCACGAGUCUCCCCUGUAGUUUGUUGCUUGUGACAAAUGUUUGUGCUCCUAACCCACCACUUACAUGCAACAAGACAGGUAUGUACCUUGACUAUGGGUGGCAAACUACAUAUGAAAUUCACACAUUCUUCACAGAUGUACGUAAUCUGUCUUGUUUGAAGUAGCCCUUAGAGCAGUGUUUCCAUAUCCUUUUUCAUAAAAACAGGAUACUUUCCACUUUGAACAUACACAGAGUAGUUUUACAAAGCCAAAUAUUAAUGCAAAGCAAUUGUCCUUACUAGUAAACUACACAGGUAGAUAAAUUUGAUUCCUUGUGCAUUUAGUGUAUGAACGAGUAAGAGGUGAGGGAAGGCAAGUAUACUACUGUAAAAAUUGUUUAAGUGGGCAGUUCUGGGCCAAUCUGCAUUGCUUUAGAGGUCAGUUAGGAUACAUACAGCAUCUUCUUUAAACUUGAGAAAUUAGAGCUAUGCUACUGUUGGACAUUUGAAUUUGUGUUCCAUAUCCAAGAAGAGAGAAGUAACUGAUACUGCACUACUGUCCCCACCCCCAGGUACUGCCAUACAGUUGACUAUAAAGGAAGGGGUUGAAUGCUGCAGAAAUUAGCAACAUCUUUGUCUUUUUAACCAACAGUAGGAGGGUCCAAGGGAGCAUGUCCUUUCUUCAUAUAAUAGAUUUUUUUUUGUUCUCUUAGUGAAGUGAUCUUCUGCUUUUUCCUAGUGUAUGACUACUGGGGCAGAUGGGCAAUAAGAAUACCUCAGCUUUUAACUGACUUCUGUAAGUUAGCAGUGCAGCA